AUGGUGUGCGAGAAACCGGGUCAGCCAGUUGCCCACCACCUUCUUCCCUCGACCACCCAGCUCCCUCAACACCCCAUUUCGAAUGUUUUGAGGGACUUCGAGACGCUAUUUCAGCGUAUUGCUAGUCGAGGCAAAAUCCGGUUCGAGCAUCGCCUUCCAGUUCCCACCCUCGGCUGCUACUCUUGGGGCUAUCUGUGCUUUUAUCUGCUCUGGGUUCUGCAACAGAUUGAUUUUAUCCACACGAGGUUCGCGUUUGUCUUCCUUGCAGGCUUCGACAAUUUUUUUGCAUUAGAAUGGAAACGACACGAAACAUUCUAUCUCCUUCAACAACGUGAAGCAACGACAAACAACAAGGUAAGAAAUAGUAUGGAUGCAGAUGACCAUCUUGAGCUCUUAAUUGUUAAUUGCAACUGGUGGUUGUUGAUUAAUUUAUGUUUUUGGGGUCUCGUAGAUGCACCUCCCAAGUUGACCUACAAAUAAAUACUGUGUAAUAGAUUGUCAUUUGAAGGGGUAGAGACCUUCCUUUAAUAUAUAUAGUUGUAUAUAUUACGUGUAUUGUAGAGAUUUGUUUGCACAGUAAGGGAUGGACUUAAGUGGACAUAUAGAAUCUAUUUUUGGACUUGCCCAAAAUAUUCAUUUGGAUGGAAACAGAUUUUAAAUAUUUAUUUUCUUCUACAUCCAAUUUGGAAAUAGGAUAUCAAAGGCCAUGUUUUUGGAGAUGCAUUUUUUAUAUGCA